AUGACCUCACCCCCCUCCUACCUCACCCCCCUCCUACCUCACACCCCUCCUACCUCACCCCCCUCCUACCUCACCCCCCUCCUACCUCACCCCCCUCCUACCUCACCCCCCUCCUACCUCACCCCCCUCCUACCUCACUCCCCUCCUACCUCACCCCCCUCCUACCUCACUCCCCUCCUACCUCACCCCCCUCCUACCUCACCCCCCUCCUACCUCACCCCCCUCCUACCUCACCCCCCUCCUACCUCACCCCCCUCCUACCUCACCCCCCUCCUACCUCACCCCCCCUCCUACCUCACCCCCCCUCCUACCUCACCCCCCCUCCUACCUCACCCCCCUCCUACCUCACCCCCCUCCUACCUCACCCCCCUCCUACCUCACCCCCCCUCCUACCUCACCCCCCCUUCUACCUCACCCCCCCUCCUACCUCACCCCCCUCAUACCUCACCCCCCUCCUACCUCACCCCCCCUACCUCACCCCCUCCUACCUCACCCCCCUCCUACCUCACCCCCCUCCUACCUCACCUCCCCUCCUACCUCACCCCCCUCCUACCUCACCCCCCUCCUACCUCACCCCCCCCCUACCUCACCCCCCUCCUACCUCACCCCCCUCCUACCUCACCUCCCCUCCUACCUCACCCCCCUCCUACCUCCACCCCCCCUCCUACCUCACCCCCCCUCCUACCUCACCCCCCCUCCUACCUCACACCCCCUCCUACCUCACCCCCCCUCCUACCUCACCCCCCCUCCUACCUCACCCCCCUCCUACCUCACCACCCCCCUCCUACCUCACCCCCCCCUCCUACCUCACCCCCCUCCUACCUCACCCCCCCUCCUACCUCACCCCCCCUCCUACCUCCCCCCCCUCCUACCUCACCCCCCCUCCCUCCUCACCCCGCCCUCCUACCUCACCCCGCCCUCCUACCUCACCCCGCCCUCCUACCUCACCCCCCUCCUACCUCACCCCCCUCCUACCUCACCCCCCUCCUACCUCACCCCCCCUCCUACCUCACCCCCCCUCCCUACCUCACCCCCCUCCUACCUCACCCCCCUCCUACCUCACCCCCCCUCCUACCUCACCGCCCCUCCUACCUCACCCCCCUCCUACCUCACCCCCCUCCUACCUCACCCCCCUCCUACCUCACCCCCCCCCCUCCUACCCUCACCCCCCCUCCCCCUCACCCCCCCUCCUACCUCACCCCCCUCCUACCUCACCCCCCCUCCUACCUCACCCCCCCUCCUACCUCACCCCCCCCUCCUCACCUCACCCCCCCCCCCUACCUCACCCCCCCUCCUACCUCACCCCCCCUCCUACCUAACCCCCCUCCUACCUCACCCCCCUCCUACCUCACCCCCCCUCCUACCUCACCCCCCCCUCCUACCUCACCCCCCCUCCUACCUCACCCCCCCUCCUACCUCACCCCCCUCCUACCUCACUCCCCUCCUACCUCACCCCCCCCUCCUACCUCACCCCCCUCCUACCUAACACCCCUCCUACCUCACCCCCCCUCCUACCUCACCCCCCUCCUACCUCACCCCCCUCCUACCUCACCCCCCCUCCUACCUCCCCCCCUCCUACCUCACCCCCCCCUCCUACCUCACCCCCCUCCUACCUCACCCCCCUCCUACCACACCCCCCUCCUACCUCACCCCCCCUCCUACCUCACCCCCCUCCUACCUCACCCCCCUCCUACCUCACCCCCCUCCUACCUCACCCCCCUCCUACCUCACCCCCCUCCUACCUCACCCCCCUCCUACCUCACCCCCCUCCUACCUCACCCCCCCUCCCUCCUCACCCCGCCCUCCUACCUCACCCCCCCUCCUACCUCACCCCCCCUCCUACCUCACCCCCCCUCCUACCUCACCCCCCUCCUACCUCACCCCCCCCCCUACCUCACCCCCCCUCCUACCUCACCCCCCUCCUACCUAACCCCCCUCCUACCUCACUCCCCUCCUACCUCACCCCCCCCUCCUACCUCACCCCCCCCCUCCUAA